CAGCUCCCAGAAUGCAAUGCAGUUAGCGGAAGCGAGGCGCCAGUGCUGCCACCUGCAGUCUCGGAGGACAAGCAGCAGUACAGAGAGGCUGAGCCAUGAACGGGGCCGGCCCUCCCCUCCGCCUUCCUCACGCCUCUAAAGUCAGUGUCCCUAGCAGAUGACAUGUAAUUCUGGGGCCGUGAGCGCUGCCCCCUGAACAAGAUCUCUGCCGACCAGUUGAACGAUGGCGGAGACAUGUUGAACGCUCAGCCAAACAGAUAUAGCAGCAGCUGGAGAGACAGCAGCGUUUCUCUUCCCUACCGCCGCUCAGUCAAACUCCUUCUGGAAAAUCCCACCGCUCUGUGAGGUGCACAUAGAGCCAAAAUGGAGAUUUCCCUUGAAGAUGCGACGGGCAGCUCACUGCCCAACUUAGAGUACCAGGCGGCGCACCAAGCGUUCAAGGAUCGCUGGAAGGAGACGGAUGAAACCAUGUGUCGCCACAGCAUGUCCUUCCAUCUGCACCACGCGGUGAGGAGCGAGUUCUUUGCCAGCUACCUGUACCUGCUGGAGAAAACUCCCGUAGUGAAGCUCUUUCCAGUCACCUGUGAGUACAUUAAAGGAGAGAAACAGUUCUACUACAGAGCUCAGCAGUUCUACGAGGACGUCCCAGCUUCGGAGGAAGGCAUGCUGGGAGAUUUUUUGGAGAUAAGCAACGUCGAUCUGGAGGGUUCCCGGCAGUUUCUUAAGAGAUUUGUGGGUCCCGGUAAAGCCGGCACGCACUGUGCCCUGGACUGUGGCUGCGGGAUCGGCCGCGUGUCCAAAGGCGUCCUCCUUCCUGUGUUUGAGAAGAUGGAGCUGGCGGACAUGAUGGAGCACUUCCUGCUCCACGCACACGAAGAGUACCUUGGCGACGACGCCGACCGCAUCGAGACCUACUACUGCUUUAACCUGCAGGAGUUCACCCCUCCGAAAGACAAGUACGACGUCAUCUGGAUGCAGUGGGUGGCAUGCCACCUAACAGACAAGGACCUGAUGAAUUUCUUGAUGCGCUGUAAGAAGAGCCUUCGUCCUAACGGCGUGAUCAUAUUAAAGGACAAUAUGGCGCGGCAGGGCUGCAAGCUGGAUCCCAUCGACAGCACCAUCAGCCGCCACCUGGACAUCAUGAAGUGCAUCAUCGGCAAGGCAGGCCUGGAGGUCCUGGCUGUGGAGAAGCAGGAAGGCUUCCCUGAUAUCAUGAUGCCUGUCUGGAUGAUUGCGAUGAAAUAGAGGUGACACCAUUUCUUUUGAGAGAUUCAAAGUGAAUGAUCGAGUUUGAAAUAAUAAACGGCAACAACAACACAGCAAGAAAUCGGGAGAUAGAUGAAACGGCACAGUGGACGACCUGAUGGCUCCUGGGGACAUUUUUUGGAGACCGGAAAUGAAUUAAAGCUUUUGACCUUUUAUAAGCACUCUAUACAUCCACAAAGCAAGUCUAACCCUUUGCUAUCUGGAGCCGUGGGAGAAGCUUCUUCCCAAUGGAUUUGUCAUGAAGUACAACAUACUUUAUCAUAAGCAAUAAUACAUCAUGUUUAUUUAAA